AUGGGCUCUGAAGGCAACUAUUUCCAGACCUGCAUUGGUGGGAGUGGGGAGAUGGGGGUCUUCACCAGGCCCUUGGAAAGGGGAAGUCGCAGCCUGGGUGUGACUGUGGCAGACUGUUUUUGUGGAAGGGGCUACAAAAUCUGUCUUUGCUGGAAAACCACUGGAGUGGAUGUUCUACCCAGGGCUUUCAAAUCAGGAGCCACCAUGCGGGCCAUGCCUGGAGAAGGCAAGGGCUCCGGAUGGCAAGGCCAUGCCCUCGGACCCAACUGUCAACCGAACCCCGGAAUCCUGCGGUGCCGUCACCUGAUUGGCUCUUCCCAGCAUCCAACUGCCUGUGCCCGGCUCGUUGUGAUUGCUGACUCCCCUGCAAAAACCAUGGAAAGCAGAGCCAAGAUGUUUACAAAUGUGGCUGUUGAGAAAGGGCUUACAGGUCCCGUAUUCCAGCUUAUGUUAAUUUUGGGUUUAGCUUCCAUCCAGUACGGUUAUAAUCUCUGGCUGUGCUACACAGAAACUAAUCUCAUCAAAGAAUUCUAUAAUCUAACGUAUCACAGUAUGCAAAGACAGAUCAGCCAUGAGGAGAAGAUUCGAGAAAAUAUGUUGCUCAGUUUUGCCAUUAGCCUGUUCCCCAUUGGAGCGAUUAUAGGGACACUCGUUUUUGGGAUUCUGGUGGAUAAGUUUGGCAGGAAAGGUACCUUCAUGAUCAAUAGCUAUUUUUCCUUGAUGUUCUCCAUGCUCAUGGUUUGUGCCAACGUGCUGCACGACUUCAUGUUUGCUAUGUUUUCGCGCUUACUUAUUGGCAUCUCAAUGGGUAUUUUCUCUAACGUGGUUCCCAUGUACCUCAUAGAGAUCAGCCCCAUGAAGUUGAGGGGUGCCAUUGGCAUGGUUUCCCAUCUCUUUCUAGUGAUUGGGGUCCAGCUGGCCCAGAUAUUUGCCUUUCCUGAAAUGAUGGGCACCGUAGAAGGUUGGCCAAUACUGGUGAGUUUCACCGGGAUACUGGCCAUUUUCCAGAUCCUCUUACUUCCUCCCUUCCCGGAAAGUCCAAGGUAUCUGCUGAUUCAAAAGAACAAAGAAGAGGAAGCCAGGCAGGGCCUGAAGGAACUCCGGCUCCGGAGCGACGUGGAAGACGAGCUAGAAGAGCUCCGACAGGAAGACAGCGCCGAGAGGGCUGAAAAGAACAUGAAUUCCCUGCAGCUGCUGGGGUAUCGUGAGCUCCGUUGGCACGUGGUUUCUGUUAUAGUUGCGGUAGCCGGCCAGCAGCUUUCUGGUGUCAAUGCGAUAUACGCAUAUGCCAAGAGGUUGUCUUCUGCCACAUCGCUAAGCCUGUUUAAUUUCCGAUACGUCGAAAUCAUAACCAAUGUCCUCUUGAUCGUGGCUAUCUCGUUUGCGAUGUACAUUGUAGAUACUAAGGGACGCAAAGUUCUGCUUCUCUUGGGAUUUGGGAUGUCCUCAGUCCUCUGCAUCUUGCUCACUGUGACCAUGGAUCUUCAGAGCCUCUGGCCAGGUUUUUGCAAGACCGAAGGUGACCAGUUUUAUUCCCUCCAGGUUCAGUUUGAUUGGCUGGUUUACCUUAACAGCGUCUUCAUCAACAUUUUCCUCAUCAUGCACGCCAUGGGGCCAAGUGCCCUGGUCAACGUGCUGAUCGGAGAACUUUUCCUACAAUCUUCCCGGUCCUCGGCCUAUGUGAUUGGGGGAUUUUCCCACUGGUUCCUGAACUAUUUAUCAGUCUUGAUCUUUGUCCAUAUAGAGACCUACGUGGGCCCCUACAGCCUCCUCCUCUGCAGCCCCAUGAGCAUAGCAAGUUUCCUUUACAUCUGGAAGAUGAUUCCCGAAACCAAAGAGAAAACAUUUUUGGAGAUCCAGGGACAGGUGCCGCUCUACAGGGCCAAGCAGAAUGUGGCUCAGGAACAACUGCGUGAAUAA